AUGUUGUAUUAUUCUGGAGUAUUUCCAGAGGGGCCUCAGAGGAAAAAAAGAAAAUCUGAAGCUGCAGAAGCAGGUGAACAGUUGGAUCUGUUAGCGAUUGGUACAGCAGUUGGCAGUAUUUUAUUAUACAGCACAGUAAAAGGAGACUUACAGAGCAAACUAGAUGGUGGUCAUGACAAUAAAAUAAACUGUAUACGGUGGCACCAGGACAAUGGUUGCUUGUAUAGCUGUUCUGAGGACAAACACAUUGUGGAGUGGAACACACAAACCUGCAAAGUUAAGUGCAAAUGGAAAGGUGACAAUAGCAGCGUCAGUUCACUGUGCAUCAGUCCAGAUGGGAAGAUGUUACUUUCAGCUGGUCGAACCAUCAAACUGUGGGACCUGGAGACCAAAGAAGUCUACAGACAUUUCACAGGCCAUGCAACAGCAGUUUCAUCGCUAAUGUUCACAACUGUACGACCUCCAAAUGAAAAUCAACCUUUUGAUGGAAUUACUGGGCUGUAUUUCUUGUCUGGAGCAGUACAUGACCGGUUACUAAGUGUAUGGCAGAUCAGGUCAGAUAGGAAAGAAAAGAAUGCUGUAAUGUCUUUCACAGUUACAGACGAACCAAUUUUCAUUGACCUGACAGUGUCAGAAAGCAAAGAAGAGCCAGUGAAGUUAGCAGUUGUAUGCAGAGAUGGACAGCUGCAUUUAUUUGAACACAUUUUAAAUGGGUACUGCAAAAAGCCCUUAACAUCAAACUGCACUAUCCAGAUAGCCAUGCCUGGAAAUGACAGUGACUCCACACCAAAACCAGUCCCUAUCCUAGCAGCUGCGUUUUGCUCAGACAAGCAGUCAUUGAUGAUCGUUUAUGGAAACACCUUACAGCCUAUUAUUGAAAGAGUGUCCUUGAGCACCACUGAAUCCCAUGUAUGUUUGGUAAGGGACAUUCAGAAGACAUUGGUGCUUAAAACGGAAAUGGCUGUGACAAAGGUAAAAACACCUGUUGUGAACUCAGAAGCCAAAGUUCUAGUGCCUGGAGUCCCAGGACAUAGUGCAGCUAUCAAACCCCUGUCCUCUGGGACAGAGAAGGCGAAAAAGAAAAGGAAACCAGGAGGCAAAGAGGCUAGCAUCGAAGACCGCCUGGGUGCAAUGGAUAUCGAUGCAAUGAAAGUAAAAACACAAGGUGGCCUUCCACAAACUGACAGCUUUGCAGUGCUUUUGGUUCAGGGUUUGGAAAGCAAUGAUCCUGACAUCUUAAAUAAAGUGCUACAAACGAGGAAGGAAGCUUUAGUAAAGAAUACAGUAGCCAGGAUACCUGUACAUGCUGUCAUUCCACUGUUGCACGAGCUUACAAAGAGAUUGCAAGGCCACCCAUACAGUGCCUCACAAAUGGUUCGAUGGCUAAAGACUAUCUUCUCUAUACAUGCAUCCUACCUUUCCACAUUGCCAGACUUGGUUCCUCAGCUGGGGAUGCUGUACCAGUUAAUGGAGAGCAGAGUAAAAACCUUGCAGAAGCUCUCUCGUCUCCAUGGGAAACUCUAUCUUCUUAUCACCCAGAUUGCAGCACUAGAAAAAAUUCAGGAUGUAAGUGAUGUUAAUCAGACUGCAAAGCUUGUGUAUGAGGAAGAAUCUUCAGAGGAAGGCUCGGAAGAUGAGAUGAUUGCUGAUAAAGAUUCAGAUGACAACUGGGAAGAAGAUGAAGAAAAAGAGGAACAAUCAGAAGAACAAGAAAUGGCUGUUGAUAAAGAAAUUAAUGGUGACUCUGAUUUGGACCCAGAAAAUGAAAGUGAAGAAGAAUAACAGAUCUUUAAAGAAAAAAAGAAAAGAUCCCUAGUAAAUCAAGUGGGCCACCCGAACUCUUAAGUUCUGGAUCAUUUUGCUGAAAGUUGCCGUAGUUACACAGGCCAGGCCUGAGCCUGCACUCUGUUAUGUGCAGAGGCACAUCUGGGUACUGUGCACUUUUGAAUCCAGAAUGUUUGACCACGCCAGCCUUCUCUCGCCCUGUGUCCCUGAGCUUAUAUGAAACAUUUCUUCCACCUCCUGGUCAGAUUAAGCCCAUCACAUGGACAUGCAUUUGUAUCUCAAGUGAAAUAAACCUGCCACCGCCGUUUGUGUGGUAAACUUGUUUCCGGUUUACAUUAAAUUUGUUUUAGAUAUUAAAGGAUCAAAGACCAAUCUAUACCUUCUUUUCUUGCUUCAGUUAGCAAUAGCAAGUGGGCAUCCUGCUACAUUUUUUUCAAAAAAAGAAAAAAAUAUUUUUGUAAUAUUUAAAUUCACAAUUGAAUUUAUUCAUUCCCCCUCUUCCCCCCUGCAUAGGUUCACCGUGGCUGUGGCAAUGUCUAAUGGCCAGCCUGGUUUAACCUGCUAUUUUGUUUCUUUUCUUUUAAACAAAAUUGGACUCAAGACUUUUAUAUGUAUAAAUCCAAAGACUUUUCUUGUGCUUUGGAAGGACAUCAGAACUAUCACUGGUUCCUAAUUUUGUUUUAAUUGAGCCUGUAUAUAAGUUUAAUGCUGACCCCAGGGAAGGACUCUGUCUUGAAAGGGUGGGGAGGAGAAAACAAAUUAAAAAAAAAAAAGGGGUGGGGGGUAGAGGGGGGGCAAAUGCUUGUGAAUAUGUAACGCAAAGCGUAUACAUUUAUUAAGGAUUUUUAAUCUCAGUGGCAGAACAAGGAUUGCUAUUUGCUCAGCUAUUGGAAGCUGAAGUGGUAUAAACAUUUUUAAGAGCAAGGUAUCAUACAGGUUGGAGCCAUUCACCAGUAUAAUGUACAGUAUAUUUGUCUAUAAAUGGAGCUGUUGCAACUAAAUACCGCCUUCUUUGUAAAGUGAAUAAAUAUACAUCUCCUUUACCAAA